AUGUCGACUCCCAAUUCACAUCUUCCCAGCCCUCCCUCAAAAGCAUGCAUCGGUCUAUCCGCUACAGCUCUUGUCGUUUUCAGUAUUUUAUUAUUCCCUGCGUUAUAUGUGGCGUAUAAACAUCGGACAACUGGCAAGAACUGCUGGCCCAUCUUGAUAUUCUUCUUCAUCUUUCGGAUCAUUUCUGACAUCUAUUACCUCUCCCGGCAUAACGAACCCGAUAUUCCGACUGUAUUCGCUAUGGUGGCCAGUUCUGCCUGCACCGCUACUCUAUCACUAACCAUUGUUGGCUUGAUUUACGAAGCUUUAAACCUACCUUUAUUCCCAUAUAAACGCCACAGAAACCGGGUAGUGAUCAUCGCAAUGAACAUACUCUACAACAUCGGCACGAUCCUAGCAGCAUAUGGGGGAAGCCGAGAUACGACGAUGCCCAACAACGUGAAAAACGAAGCUCUUGAUAAGGCCGGAAACAUCAUGAUGUUCCUUGUAAUGAUUGGCACUCUGGCCUGGCUAUAUCCUGCCGGUAAACACACCUUUUAUGCUCGACAAGAUAUAAACUACCACGCCGCUGAAGUGCUGAUGAUGGCUGCCGCACCUGCCACCGUCCUCCAGUUAAUCCGCAUGAACUACGACCUAAUUUACGCAUUUACGCAACUCUCCAUAUUACAUCCUACCACAGGCAGCUUUGCCAUCAGGUUUAUAACUCUUUCCCUACAGCUCGCUAUAGUUGCAAUGGCACUUGUUGCCGGCUGGUUCAGUAAAGAUGCCGCCAUGAUUCGUGCCACAGCUCUUAAAUCAGAUAGCACGUCCGAGCUAGUUUAACUUUCAAGCCUAUAACAGGAAGAUACAUGGUCAAGAAAGACAGACACGCCUGAUUAUGGAGCCGGCUCCGGUCAGGGGAAAGGGAUGUGGUUGGCUAUCCUUGCCGCUUAUCAUGAUAUCGACAGGAGAGGGGGAUAAACGGGGAGGAAACUUGGA